CAGGCGACCAGGAGCCAUGUCUAAUAAUAUCUGUCUGUGGUUGUCCGUUUGCGUCGGAGGUGGCCGGAGACGUUUGUGUCGCACCGAAUCCUCGUGUGCGGGACGCACUGCGCGUCUCUUUCCUUUGGAAAUAAGAUCCAAUAAAAGACUCGAGUUCGUUCGCAUGAGCGGAACCGCAUCCUGACCUCAGCCGCGUCCAGUCGGUGCGGGAUGGCUGUGCGCUCCAGGACGGGAUACUACCGGCAGGAGGUCAACAGAACCGCCUGGGAGGUUCCGGAGAGGUACCGGGACCUGAAGCAGGUCGGAACCGGAGCCUACGGGACCGUGUGUUCAGCGUGGGACCGCCGGUUGGGGGCGCAGGUGGCCAUCAAGAAACUCCAUCGGCCCUUCCAGUCCAAACUUUUUGCAAAAAGGGCGUACAGGGAGCUGCGACUCCUCAAACACAUGAGGCACGAAAAUGUCAUUGGGCUGCUGGAUGUCUUCACCGCUGAGAUCGCAUUGGACCGCUUGCGUGACUUUUACCUGGUCAUGCCGUUCAUGGGGACUGACCUUGGCAAGCUGAUGAAGCUGGAGAGAUUAUCAGAGGACCGGGUGCAGUUCCUCGUCUAUCAGAUGCUUCGAGGACUCAAGUAUAUCCAUUCUGCUGGGAUCAUCCACAGGGACCUCAAACCUGGAAAUUUAGCCAUCAACCCGGACUGUGAGCUGAAGAUUCUUGAUUUUGGCCUGGCUAGGCAGGCCGACGCGGAAAUGACCGGCUACGUCGUGACGCGCUGGUACCGAGCGCCCGAGGUGAUCCUCAACUGGAUGCACUACACACAAACUGUGGAUAUUUGGUCGGCGGGUUGCAUCAUGGCCGAGAUGCUGCUGGGGAAGCCGCUGUUCAAAGGAAGCGAUCAUCUGGAUCAGCUCCGAGAAAUCAUGAAGAUAACAGGGACGCCAGCUGCUGACUUUGUUGUCAAGCUACAGAGCCAAGAUGCCAAAAACUACAUCAGAAGUCUGCCAAAAGUGCCAAAAAAAGACUUGCACUCAGUUUUCUCCAAAGCUAGCUCAAAUGCGGUGUGCGUCCUGGAAAAGAUGCUGCGGCUGGACCCGGAGCGGAGGGUGAACGCCUCGGAGGCGCUCGACCUGCCUUUCUUCGGCGAGUUCAGAGAUACCGAGGAGGAGACUGAGGCGCAGCCCUACGAUCAGACAAUGGACAACACGGACCUGCCGCUGGACCAGUGGAAACGUCACACGUUCACAGAGAUACUGACCUUCAGGCCGCCCAGAGACUCCAGAGAGACGUCACUUUAAGAGCGCACGCACACACACACACACACACACGCACACCUGCACCCCAAAGAAAUCAUUUCGUUGUUGACUUUGACUGUGUUUGUGUAGGAGUAAUAAUAUGAUUAGUUUGUUAAAACUUCAAUAAAUGUGAUAUGCU